AUGGUCAGAGCAAAAGCAUUUUCGAGAAACACAGAGAUUGCGAAAAUGGAGACGUCGUCACUUGUACUUCCUAUCAUCGAUAUUUCUUUGCCGGACAAAAUCUCCACCGCACAAUUGAUCCGUAAGGCAUGUGUUGAACAUGGAUUCUUCUAUGUCAAGAACCAUGGCAUCUCUGAAGAAUUGAUGAAAGGGACUUUUAGGGAGAGUAAAAGCUUCUUUGAUCUCCCGCUAGAGGAGAAGAUGUCUUUACUCCGUCACGAUCUUCUUGGUUAUACUCCACUCUAUGCUGAGAAACUCGACCCGUCCUUGACCUCCUCCACAGGUGAUUCGAAGGAAAGUUUUUAUCUUGGAUCUUUGGAAGGAACUCUGGCUCAGCGUUAUCCAAAUCAGUGGCCUCCUGAUGAUCUCUUGCCAUCAUGGAGGCAAACCAUGGAAUGUUACUACAAGAAUGUUCUGUCCGUUGGUCAAAAGUUGCUCGGCUUGAUUGCCUUGGCAUUGGAUUUAGAUGAGGGUUUCUUCAAACAAAACGGAGCCUUGAAUGAUCCUACAGCAGUUGUUCGUCUCUUACGCUAUCCAGGUGAAGUGAUUUUGUCGGAUGGAGAAACAUAUGGUGCCUCAGCUCACUCGGAUUACGGGAUGGUCACUCUUCUUCUAACUGAUGGGGUCCCAGGACUUCAGGUUUGUAGAGACAAAUCUAAACAACCACGUGUUUGGGAAGAUGUACCGGGGCUUAGAGGGGCGUUUAUUGUCAACAUUGGUGAUAUGAUGGAGAGAUGGACCAAUGGAUUGUUCCGGUCUACACUGCACAGAGUGAUGCCUGUUGGAAAAGAACGUUACUCGGUGGUAUUCUUCUUAGAUCCCAAUCCAGAUUGUAACGUGGAAUGUCUGGAAAGUUGUUGCAGCGAAACUUGUCCCCCAAGAUUCCCGCCUAUCCUCGCCGGCGACUAUAUUAAGGAGCGUUUCAGCAAUGGAACAACAUUGGACAAACCAGUUCGCAUCAAGAAUACCUUAUAUCUCUGGUGGGAGAAAGUUUGCGAACUUCACAUAAACAACACUCCUGAAACGGAGGCUUCUUUCCAACCGGUAGCUCUCAUGGAAAUUAGUUUUUAGUACAAGACUCCUUUAAGUCUCGUGGAGCCAAGUCAGAAAAUUGGGGAAAACUCACGUACCACUGUUAUGUAUAGAGCUCUUGCAUUAAAUCCUUAAAUGUUUUGUAACCAAACUGACUUUUGUUUGUGCUUCUGAACCGUGUAAAACAAGUGUAUGCUUCCGGUUUACAUCGCAAACCGCU